AUGAAAAAGCAGUUUGUGAAGAUCCACUUAUUCAUUGUGAAUAUUGCUGUGGCUACAAUUGCAAAUGCCAGGAUGAUGAACACUGCUGCAAAGAAGUAUGCUGCUGCACGAUUUCCCAUGAUGAAGACCCUCAUUGUCGUUGUUUUCGAUGCAAAGAGAGCUGCCCAUGCUGCACAAAAGGUGAAUAUUUACUUCUGA